CGCGAGGGCCGGCCCGCUCCCCCCACGUGUCGCCCGGAGUUUCUCCAGCAGCAACAUGGCGGCUCCCUGAGAGGAGGUCCCGGCCGCCGCCAGCUGUGCCGCCCGCGGGCCCCUGGGCCGUUGCCGCCCCACGCGCGGCGCCCGCGGAGAGAUCCAGUCCAGGGACUGCGUGGCUGGCUCUUCCCUAGUAUGGCCAAUGAAGAGGAUGACCCAGUUGUACAGGAGAUCGACGUAUACUUGGCCAAAAGCCUGGCAGAGAAGCUCUAUCUGUUCCAGUACCCUGUGCGUCCAGCCUCGAUGACCUACGAUGACAUUCCACACCUGUCAGCCAAGAUCAAGCCCAAGCAGCAGAAGGUAGAGCUGGAGAUGGCCAUCGACACCCUGAACCCCAACUACUGCCGCAGCAAGGGGGAGCAGAUCGCGUUGAACGUGGAUGGCGCCUGUGCCGACGAGACCAGCACGUACUCCUCGAAGCUGAUGGACAAGCAGACGUUCUGUUCUUCUCAGACUACCAGUAACACUUCCCGUUACGCGGCUGCACUCUACAGGCAAGGCGAGCUCCACCUGACGCCAUUACAUGGCAUCCUGCAACUGCGGCCCAGCUUCUCCUACCUGGAUAAGGCCGAUGCCAAGCACCGGGAGAGGGAGGCAGCCAACGAGGCCGGGGAUUCUUCGCAGGAUGAGGCGGAAGAGGACGUGAAGCAGAUCACGGUGCGAUUCUCCCGGCCGGAGUCGGAGCAGGCCCGCCAGCGGCGUGUGCAGUCCUACGAGUUCCUGCAGAAGAAACAUGCCGAGGAGCCCUGGGUGCACCUGCACUACUAUGGGCUGCGGGACAGCCGCUCUGAGCAUGAGCGCCAGUACCUGCUGUGCCAGGGCUCCAGCGGGGCGGAGAACACGGAGCUCAUCAAAGCACCCAGCGAGUACCUCAUGAUGCUGAUGCCGCCCAGCCAGGAGGAGGAGAAAGAGAAGCCUGUGGCCCCAAGCAACGUCCUGUCUAUGGCCCAGUUGCGUACCCUGCCCCUGGCUGACCAGAUCAGGAUCCUGAUGAAGAAUGUGAAGGUCAUGCCUUUUGCCAACUUGAUGAGCCUCCUGGGCCCCUCGGUGGACUCCGUGGCUGUUCUGCGUGGCAUCCAGAAGGUGGCGAUGUUAGUCCAAGGAAACUGGGUGGUGAAGAGUGACAUCCUGUAUCCCAAGGACUCGUCCAGCCCUCACAGUGGUGUGCCGGCCGAGGUGCUCUGCAGGGGCCGUGACUUUGUUAUGUGGAAGUUCACGCAGAGCCGCUGGGUGGUGAGGAAGGAGGUGGCCACCGUGACCAAGCUGUGUGCCGAGGACGUGAAGGACUUCCUGGAGCACAUGGCCGUGGUGAGGAUCAACAAAGGCUGGGAGUUCCUCCUGCCUUACGACGGCGAGUUCAUCAGGAAGCACCCGGACGUGGUCCAGCGGCAGCACAUGCUGUGGGCCAGCAUCCAGGCCAAGUUAGAAAAGGUCUACAAUCUCGUGAAGGAAACGAUGCCAAAGAAGCCGGAUGCACAGUCAGGGCCUACUGGGCUGGUCUCUGGAGAGCAGCGGGUCCAGGCGGCCAAAGCCAAGGCCCAGCAGAACCACGCCUUCCUGGAGCGGGAGCUGCAGCGGCAGAAGGAGCAGGUGCAGGCUGCUGCCGUCCUGCCUGGGGUGCGCAUCAAGGAGGAGCCGAUGAGUGAGGAGGAUGAGCAGGAAGAGGAACCUAUGGACACUGCACCCAGUGGUGGCCUCAACAGCAAGCUGGCCAACGGGCUGCCUGCGGGGCGGGCGGCGGGCGGAGACAGCUUCAAUGGACACCCACCCCCAGGCUGCGCCAACUCUCCUGUGGCCCGGGAACUGAGGGCCUUUGUGGAGGCCACCUUUCAGAGACAGUUUGUGCUCACACUGAGUGAACUCAAGCGCCUCUUCAACUUGCACUUGGCCAGCCUGCCCCCGGGCCACACGCUCUUCAGUGGCAUCUCGGACCGCAUGCUGCAGGACACGGUGCUGGCUGCUGGCUGCAAGCAGAUACUGGUGCCUUUCCCCCCGCAGACAGCCGCGUCCCCGGAUGAGCAGAAGGUGUUCGCACUCUGGGAGUCUGGAGACAUCAGUGAUCAGCAUCGACAGGUUUUGCUUGAAAUUUUUUCCAAAAAUUACCGAGUACGCCGGAACAUGAUCCAGUCUCGGUUGAGCCAGGAGUGUGGAGAAGAUCUCAGUAAACAGGAGGUGGAUAAAGUGUUAAAGGACUGCUGUGUGAGCCAUGGUGGCAUGUGGUACCUUAAAGGGACAGUACAGUCUUGACGAUAGUAGUAAACCACUAGCCCCAUGAAUCCAAGCCUGAGGAAGGAGAGCCGAGCCCACAGUGGAGUCUCGACUUGCUUCAGGAGCCACGAAGCCAGAGGAACUACCGUCUCCCGCCCCGCCCGGUCCAGUGGGCAGAGGGGCUCCACGCAGCCGGUGGCGGGUCAGCUGCAGAGAGGUGGACCGCUCCCCGCAGAGGCCAGCCGGACCUUCUCUGCAGUAAAAUCUCAAAUUCUGAUGUAUUUUGCUUACUGUUUGGUUUCGUUCUCAUAAUAAAGAGAGUGUAUACUGA